AAAGCAAAACAAAUUUUUCCACGUAUCAGAUCAUUCCUCCAAUUGGGAAAAUAGGAAUAAUAGUAUAGAAGAUCCGGAAAUCCGGACCAACGAUUUCAGGAUGAGUGUUCUUGAGCAGUUGGGCGAACUGGACAUUAGCACAAAUGGACAGGUGGAUAAAGCAUUGCAGCGGAUUGCCGAAGAAGAGGCUAAAGUCAACGAAAAACUGGAAUCUCUGCUGGCUAAGCAAUGCCAGAUAGAAUCCAAAAUGAGUGGCAUUGGAAGAUCGCUGGCGCUGCUUCACACCGUGGACAGUGAUUCUAACAAGCUUAACGACCAGAUUGUAAACACUGCCCAGUUGGCCGAGUCGGUUAGUGCUAAGGUGCGCCGAUUGGAUUUGGCAAGGUGUCGGGCGUCCGAGUGCCAACAGCGGGUGCACGAUCUUAUCGAUCUGCACUUGUGCAGUCAGGGUGUGGUCAAAGCCAUCGGCGAAGAGGACUACGAAAAAAGCGCAACCCAUAUCGCCCGCUUCCUGGCGAUGGAUCAGCAGCUUUUGCAGCGCACUGCCGAUGACGUUCAGGGCUCCAUAACAUCAGUGAGCGAUGCGGUCAAGACUUUGGAGGAUGCCAGAAAAACUCGUGUCCUUAUUGCUAAGCGAUUCGACGAAGCCGUUAAAGCUGAUGAUUUGGCAUCUGUGGAAAGAUUUUUCAAAAUCUUCCCCCUUGUCGGUUGUCAUCGCAUUGGUAUCGAAAAGUUUUCUGUCUACAUUUGCCAGAAGCUGGCUAACAAGGCGCAAAAAGAACUGCGAAACGCCCAGGACAUAGCCAAGGCUGAAUCACGCCUGCAAUUGGCCUACGCAGAUCGGUUGACUGCCAUUCUAGAGAACUUUGCACGGGUAGUGGAAGUCAAUCAGCCUAUAAUUGAAGCAUUUUAUGGACAAGCAUCGUCAUCCCUAAUUGACAUGGUGGCUAUUUUGCAGCACGAAUGCGAUGCUGAGGUAAAGAAUCUGCUGCUGGAGUUCAACAAGAACAGGCAGAUCCAGUACCGUAGCAAGCAGGUGAAUGAAGCCACUCAGCGGUCGGCAAGCGGCGGAAAUGUCGGAAGCAACAGUAUUCAGGCUCUGGGUCAUUAUCGGAAGCCGUCUGGUGGAUCAGUGGACAAACUAAACCCGAAGGAAAUCGAUGCCAUUAUAGCUGAAAUAACCGUCAUGCAUGCCAGAGUCGAGCUGUAUUUCCGAUUUAUGCGACGACGCUUGCAGGUUCAUAUAGAAACGUGUGUGCCAGAAAAAGAGCAGAUUGAAAUAAUGGAACGCUACGAAAGGAUAAUGAAGAACUCCGACUUGCGCCGCCAAAUGCAAGAAAUUCUGAGUACAUAUUUGCUCCUGGAAAGGUAUUUCAUGGAGGAAAGCGUUCUUAAAGCCAUUGGUCUAGAUACCUAUGAAUCUGGUCAACAGUGUUCAUCCAUGGUGGACGAUGUUUUCUUUAUCCUUCGCAAAUCAAUUCGGAGGGCUUUAACAACGCAGUCGAUAAACGGAACAUGCGCUGUGAUCAACAACGUGGCUGCCUGUCUAGAUGGUGAUUUUGUAUCUGCACUUAAAGCUCCCUUGAAAAGCGGUUAUCCAUCUGGCUAUAUCGACUUGGCCCAAGCUUAUAAUGCUAUUCAAACGACCCUGCAACAGGGAAAACUACAUUCCAGCGAUGCCGAUCGGGGCCGAGCCAAUUUCCUGGUUCAGUUAAACAAUGCCGACAUAUCAACAGAGUAUAUUGAGACACUGUGGCAGACCAUGGAACAGGAAAUUGCUGGCACAUUUCCACAAACGACAUCAGUUGAGCGUCAAUUGCUUGACAGCUGCCUUACAGAACUCAAAGCUGUACGGGAUGCUUUAAAAGCCACUGUUGAUUUCGGAAUGCAGCAGCUAAGAUCUAGUGUUAUAAAGCCACGCCUCAAUCCUUGGAUUAAUCAGUUCUUGAAUUACAGUCACAAUUUAAAUGAGGAGGAACUUGCUGCUUACGAGGCUGGAGAAACGUUUGUGCAAUUUUUCAUAGUACAGUUGGAUGGCCUUCUAAACUCCUUUAAGAACUCAUUGAGUCCACGGAACUACGAUGCUCUUGUCAGUAUUUUGGCGACCGAAGUAACUAUUCAAUUAGAGCGAGCUAUUAAAAAAAUCAGUUUUAACAGACUCGGCGGUCUGGUGCUUGAUCAGGAGGUCCGUGCUUUGGGCAGUUAUUUAACAGGGGCUACAUCCUGGUCGGUGAGAGAUAAGAUGACACGGAUCUCUCAAAUUGCCACGCUUUUGAAUCUGGAUAAGAUAUCUGAGCUCUCUGAAUACUGGAAUCCCGAGAAUAACAAAGAGAUGUCAUCUUGGCACUUAACGCCUAACGAAGUUCGCACAUUUUUAACAUUAAGGAGCGACUUUCGGAUAGAAGAUAUCAAACGUUUACAACUUUAAAUAACGACACUUAUCGUUUAUUUGGAUCCUGCCGUAUGGUUGGUACUAAACCAAUGAUUAAAGUCUAAUC